AUGGAAGGAGACACUUCUUUGCAGAAUCUGAUGCCGAAUCCAAGUUUAUCCCUGGAUUUGAUCCAUCUGCUGAUUGACAACUUCAGUGUCCCCAUUGCGUGUUUCUCCCACCCGCCUUCUGCGCUGCAGCUGCUGGAACAGCAGAGCCUCGUGGAUCUGGCCAACAUCAGCAUGGCUACCUUCUUGACCCUGGUUUCCGUGCUCAUUUUUGCCGAGGACGCCCUCUAUCUCUCCAAGAAGAUCCGCUGCUUCGCCAAGAUGAAGACCCUCAUCUGGAGCAGCUCAGCACCCACGGCCGUCUCAAUCUUCUGCCUGCUUGGACUGUGGGUGCCCCGGGCCAUGACGUAUGUGGAGAUGGCUAUUGGCUCGUACUUUGCCGUCUGCUUUUACCUGAUGAUGCUGGUCAUGGUGGAAGGCUUUGGCGGUAAGAAAGCCGUGCUGAAGGCCUUGAAGGACACCCCCAUACUGAUCCGGACGGGGCCUUGCUGCUGCUGCUGUCUCUGUUGCCCCCCCAUCACCAUGACCAAGCGGAAACUCCGAAUAAUGCUGCUGGGCGCUUUCCAAUACGCCUUCCUCAAGGUCGCCUGCACUUUCCUGGGCCUCGUUUUAAGCACCGAAGGCUUGUACGACACAGCCGACAUUUCAGCCACCAGCGUGGCUCUCUGGAUCAACACCGCCCUGGGCGUGUCCACCCUUUUUGCCCUCUGGUCGCUGGCCAUCCUCUUCCGGCAAGCCAAGACUCACCUUGCAGAGCAGAACAUGACGGGCAAAUUCGUUUGCUUCCAGGUCCUCCUCAUCUUGGUGGCCUUGCAGCCGUCCAUCUUCAGCGUCUUGGCCAACGGGGGUCAGAUUGCCUGCUCCCCACCCUUCUCCUCCAGAGCCCGAGGCCAGCAAAUGCACGCCCAGCUGUUGAUCCUGCAAACAUUCAUCCUUGCGGUGCUGGCCAGGAUGUAUUACCGGAAGCCGGACGACAAGCCAGGAUGCUGCCUCCGCGAAUCGCCAGAGUGCAAAGCAGAGAUCAAGCAAUAA